AUGCCGCCCCCGAGCGCGCGGGCGAGGACCGCGCGGUGCGGCUCGCUGGCGCGGGCGGCCGCCGCGGCGGCCGCGGUGGCGGCCGGGGCGGCGGGUGCCCCCGAGGGCAGCUGCAGCGCGGAGGACCUCGCGGAGGACGUCAGCCCCGUCAGCCUCCUCCAGAGGGCGCGCGCGGGGGCUGCGCGCCUCGCGGGCGGCGGGGAGGCCGGCGCAGCGGGGCCGAGGCCGCGGUCGCGGAGGCGGGGCCGCCGCGGCGCCGUGACGGAGGAGCUGCUGCAGGGCGCGGCGCGCGCGGUCGAGGCCGAGGCGAAGCGCGUGCACGGCGCGCUGAAGCACGUCGGCAACUUACGCGGACUGGACGGGCACGCCCUGGCGAGCAUGUGGUUCCAGGCGUUCACCUACACCGCGCAUUCCGCGCUGUCGCUCUUCCAGAGCGACGGCACCGUCUUCGUGAGCACCGGGGACAUCAAGCAGAUGUGGCUGCGGGACAGUUCCUUCCGCAGAGAGCCCUUGCGGAGGGUGCUGGAGGGUGCCAUGCUAAGACAAGUUCGGUUCAUUCUGAGCGAUCCCUACGCAUCCGCGUUCUAUUCAACCCAUGGCAGCGGCUUGGAUGCGGGUCCCAACAAGCGGUCGUGCCCGCCGAGCGCGCGCUGCGAAGAAUGUUUCUGCAAGACCUGCGCACCCGAGUGCGGCGACUACACCUACCAGAAAGACUACGAGCUCGAUUCUCUCCUCUUUCCACUGAUGCUUCAUCACAGGUACUGGGCGGAGACUGGAUCCGACGCCCAUCUCGACGCGGAAUUCGCAGAUGCCCUGCGCGUCAUCCUCAGCCUGCUGCGGACCGAGCAGUGGCAUUUCUCCGAGUCCAAGUAUUCCUGUAAGCCGCUGCAGGGACGGUUCAAAGAGGGCAUAGGGCUGGUGUGGUCGUUUGCGCUGCCCAGCGACGACCAGGUGUUGGCUGGCUACAACAUCCCGCAGAACAUCAUGCUGGUGGUGGCUCUGCGCAAGGCCGCUGAGAUGGCGAAGGGGCCGAUGCGGGAUGUCGUCCUCGCGGCAGAGCUGGAGAAAAGGGCUGACGACGUGGACCAGGCUGUGCGCAGGUACGGAGUCGUCCCGGCCAGCGGCGGCGACAAUAUCUAUGCGUUCCAGGUAGACGGUUGGGGCAACAGCACAACGAUGGACGACGCCAACAUGCCCAAUUUGCUAUGGUUGCCGUACUUGGGCUACGAGGACCCCGCGGGCCUCUACGAGGCGACCCGCAGAUUCGUCCUAAGCGGCGAGAACCGCAACUUCUUCUCCGGUACGAGCUUCACUCUUGACGGCGAAAGGCACAAAGGCUUAUCGGGCCUGGGUUCCAGGCGCGCAAGCCACGGCCUGCGGCUCGGGGCCCGCGGGCGAGAGUGUCACGACCACUGUAUCUGGCAUCUGGGGGUGAUCAUGCAGGGCAUGACCGCCACCAGCGAGGAAGAGCGGCGCACAUGCAUGGAGGAGAUUCUGUCCACGUCGUGCAGAACAAAUAAGCUGCACGAGGGCUUCUCCCCUACGGACACCUGCGCCUACAACCGCGACGGCUUCGGGUGGGCCAACGCGCUCUUCUCGGACUGGGUGUUGCGCGAUUGGCUGGGCCCGGAUGCAAGCAGGGUGCGUUGA